AUGCCUCUUGUCAAUGUCACUUCGGUCGCCGCCGUUCUCCUUCUCCUCUACCUAUCCUCCUUUAUCCUACUCGCGAUUCUGCGGAUUGCGACUGGCAUAUCAAUUCAACGCAUUGGCUACUUUAGUCUGCGGCAUAUCUCAUACGCUCCAAGAGAGGGACUGAGAAUCGACCUGCGAGGAGUUGGACUGAGCUUACGCAGGCCGACUUUCGCCCAACCGACAUGGAUCAGUAUAGUGUUCGAAGAUUUGAAGGUCACCAUCGAUCCCGCCGCGCUGGAAAACACUUCAGCAAAGACAGGCUCACAAGAUAUUAUUAAAGAGAAGCCAGAUGAAGAUGAAGAUUCACGUCGGCAUGGAGGACGUCCCUCCAGCGGGAAAAGCCAGCUUUGGAAACGGUUGACCAAUAUCAAAGAGCACAUAAAGCGCUUGCAUCGCAAAAUCCACUUGUUGCGAAUGUUCGAUGUCACUGCCUAUAACACCUCUGCGGAGAUCGUUGGAGUCGGUUAUGUCCAGAUUUCGGCCUUUUCAGCGGCCGUGUACACCAGACGAAAGCUCCUUGAUCGCGGCCGACUCUUCCGACAUAAGAAGGAUCCCCUGGGAGACCAGAAGCCGGCGGAAUGGGUUUUCACGGUCAAGAGCAUCCAGAUGGGAGUUGGUGGCCGCGAUCCGAUUGAGAUACUUGAUGCCCUGAUGAUCAAUGUGCACGGGUUACUGUACAAAGAUCGGGAGGGUCUUCGGGACACUUCGAUCGCCAUAAAGGGUGGCCGUGUCUACGUCCCUGUCGAUGAGAUGAUUCACUUCGCGCGGAAAGGUAGGAGGACGGCAAGAGCCUCUGAACAAUAUGACCAACUGAGUCCAAUCGAAGAGAUUUCGUUUGAAGAUGUGGCGGAAGAAUUGGACAGUCCUGGAAGCCGUGAAGCUGCUAUUGUGCAAACCGUGGCGGACUCGAAAGAGUUCCUGCGUUCUACCCUCCAGAGCGUCCAGGAAGUUCAGGUCGGCAUGAGUUUUGUGCGCAUAUCGAAAGAGGUCGAGUCACUCAGACAGGCCAAUCUUCCGUUGGUCGCCAACGUCGUCAUUCACGAAAUCGGCAUUGAUCUGCAUAGGCUUGAGCAAAGCUCCCCUGCUCAUCGUAUGUACUUUCAAAGGGAAGACACUGCUCACCAAGCCUUGCUUGCCGCUCUGUCGAUUUCCGUCAGUCUCGACGAAGACGAUUCUCGCCCGAACAGAAUCAUGUACAUUCCCAUGGCUACGACGACUAUCAGGACAACUCUCCCAGCGAAAACUAUGAGUUUCUCACAAGACCGAGACGUCGCUGAAAGGAAUACAAAUAUCUUGUUCGCUAACUUAGUCGUCACAUCACCUUCCCUCGACCUAGCACCACAGCACCUUAUGAAAUUAUUGGCUCUCACCCAGACCCAUAAAUCUCAAGCUCAACCUCCUUCUCGUAACCACCACCGCCUCAUCUCAAGACUCCUCCCCAAGGCAAGCAUCAAGUUCUCGAUCCAUGAACCCGUGCUCAGGUUUGUGUUACCAGUCGCAAAUCCUGCUCAUGCUGGUCCAGGCGAGUACGACAUGAUCAUCUCCUCCGUCUCCUCCAUCUCUCUAGAUGUUGAAUCCUCCCACUCAGCAGGAGGAGAAUUGUUAUAUUCUCUGGGGUCCAGCUUUCGCGUUCUAUCACACAGGUUAUAUUAUCAAGCUUCUACAGGCACGACACACAACUUAAUCAUUACAGAAGCCUUGGAACUCAAAUUUCAGCUCACCGCCUCGACGGGUGUUUCUGUCACCCUCCAAGGAAAUCUGCGGACUUUCUCUAUUCUCAUGGUGCGAGAAGAAGUAAGCAAGGCGAUCUAUAGUAUAGUGAGGCACUUUAAACACCAUUCUCCCGAGGACAAAGCGGUUGUCCCAAAGUCGCCUCCUGCAGCUUUCUUGCGGAAACUUCCUACUUGGCUUAUAGAGGCGAGUUUUGAGGGAUCCGGUUGCAGCAUCGAGGUCGCGGGCGUCGACUCCAGUGUCUCUGGCCAAACUCGAGGUGUCGCCUUUGAGCUUGAAUCUUGGUCCGCCCAUUAUACAUCAGCAAAAUCAGAGUUAGGCCGAAAAUCGAAAGGACGAAAAGUUAGUACCUCAGUCCGAUACGAAGAAACGUUUUCGGCAAGCAAAGGUGUCUCGCUUUCCCCAUCACAACAGAAGCAUCACCUUAGUGACCCGACAGAUGGAAGACGACUGGCCUGUCAUGUCAAGGGCUUUGACGGCUUCAUCAUCGAAUCUCUUGAUAGGUGGGAACCGACACCAUUCAUGUCAAUUCCGAGAUUUGAAACGGCUUUCAGCACAUCAAGGGAUCAGCAAGGACCUCUGUUCCACAUUCACUCAUCCAUUCGCGCGUUCUAUCUGGAAUUCUCGCUCUACAGAUUCUACUCAAUAGGUGUUGCGGGUUUCGUUGUGAAAGAAGCGUUCGUGGGGCCAGUUCCCACCAAACAGGAUCCAGAGCAUCAUCUGAAAUCAGCAAAUCAUCACACUUUCCAUGAGCAUCUCCCUGUACCUUUGGAUGCGGAACUGUUUGCAAUCGAUGUAAAGGCGCACUACCUCCAAGUCAGAGCUGAUAUGCCACAUGAUCCCCCCAUGAUGCUUCAGAUUUACCAAAUCUCAGGUGGCCGACACAGAUGGUCUGCGCCAUUUAUGAAAGCCGAACUUGCUCGUUUACAUGCGGAAGCGCCGCAUCUCAAACGGAUUUGGGCACGUAUCGUCAGCAUCAGCAACGUCAGAGUGGAUUUACGCCAUAACAAGAAGAAGACUCAGCACGCCACGGUCGAAGAGAGAACCAUCGACGUCUCAACCGACUUCAUUCGCUUAGCAGUGCCCCAUGGGCUGCAGAUGUACAGAGUCUUUGAUAAUUUUAUCAACACUUCAAAGGCCAUAAAACAGCUGCAACAUCGAUUCCAGACACGGUCGAACGAGUAUGUGCUGGGAAAGCACCCCGUUCCUCCUGUCAAGGUUCCUCGAAUCUCUGUCCGAUCAAAAGCCCUUUGCUUCGAGCUAGAAGACGACCCGUUUGAAUGGAAACUUGGAGUGAUCUAUCACGUUGGCCGUAUUGAGCAGAAGCAACGCCUUGCCCGCGAAGAUGCCUUCCGUCUAAAGGUUAAGCGAAUGAAUGACGAGAGGCGGCCGCGGUCAUCAUCUCGACUGCGCGCCCAAUCUGCUCAUUCGAGCCGUCGUGGCUCUCCCAACGCUGCUGGUGACAAUCAUCGUCAUCGACGUUCACGAAGUGUAGAGACCACUCCCAGAAAGCGAUCCACUUCCAGAGGAAGACGCGGCAGGGAACCGCAUCGAAUUAGAUACGAUCGUGAAGGUGUUUGUUCAUUGACGACCCAUGCCAAAAUAGAUGCGAGUGAGGCGUGGGACAAGCUUCAGGAGCACAAUUCUCGGAGCUGGAAAAGACGAAUCGACUGGAUGCUUCGUCUGCAGAACAACACAGUAAAAAGCGUCCGACAGCUGUUCAUGGGCGCUGACGAACCCCCUCAUGACGACCAUGAGACCGAAACGAUUCUUGGCAUUCCAAAUCGCCCUGGCUUGAUGACCUUGAUCAUCAGCGAUCUACAUCUGAUCAUUGACAAGCCCUCCUUUCCGGAAGCUGACCUACCCAAAUUCCUCCAUGAGAUUGGCAAAGGCAUGCCAUACGAUAUGAAAUACGGGCUGCUCAUUCCCACAAGCCUCAGUCUUGACAUGGGUGAAGCCCGUAUCUUCCUUCGAGAUUAUCCCCUCAAUCUUCUCCAUAUCCCCGCUAUACGCCCCGGGCAGCCUGCUCGCCUGCCAAGCUGGUCUCUCAGGACCGACUUCGUCAUCGCAGAAGAGUUUCGAGAUGAAAAAUCUAUCAAGCAUGUUAAAGUCGAGAUUGUCCCCAAAGGGCAACAUGGGACAGACGGAGAAGAAAUUCCAGCCUUCGCUAUUGACGUCAGAAGGACGGUGGCACCUGUCAAGACGUAUUCCAAGCCCGUCAUUGAUAUCAACACGAACCUGCCGACCACCAUUUCCUGGGGUACAUCAUAUCAACCCGUGAUACAAGAUAUGAUGAUGAUCAUCGAGAGCUUCACCAAACCUGAAAUAGACCCCUCCGAAAGGGUCGGCUUCUGGGACAAGAUUCGAUUGAGCUUCCAUUCGCGCCUGGUUGUGAAUUGGAAGGGCGACGGGGAUGUUCAACUCCGACUCAAAGGCACGAGGGAUCCUUAUAUUGUUACUGGUUACGGUGCUGGUUUCGCGAUGUGCUGGCGGAAUGACGUACAAUGGCUGAUACAUCAAGUCGAUGACCCCCGCGAGUUCAUGACUGUCAAAAGUGGAGAAUUUAUACUAGCCAUCCCAGACUACAGUCAUGAAGCCCGCAACACUCCGGAGCAGCGAGCAAGCAAUGAUUCAGACAGCGUAUCAAGCAGCAGUUCUACGAGAAAUACCGCCAUUUUCAAAAAAGUUAUCAUGAAGCUAUCAGGAAAUGUCCAAUGGACUGCGGGCCUCGUCUUUGAACGUGAUUUGCCGGAUGGGAGUCGCACCUCGGAAUCCAGACAUCACUAUGAUGUGGUAUUGAGGAAUCCUCUCUUCCUUCAGGACGUCGAUUUGAACAAAUACGAUGCGUUCCAUGACUUCCGGAGCCAUCACGUACACCUCUCCCUGGCCGUUGCCGCACCGUAUGAUAAAAAUUGGGUAGGUGCGGAUUCGGCUUCCUCAGAAAGCUACAACAGCGUCCAUCUGAGUCCGAAGUUCUUUUCUCAUUUCUUCAGCUGGUGGUCGACAUUCUCUGGCGUGAUGUCUCUGCCCGUCCGGCAAGGUUCGCUAUGGAGAGACCAGGGGAAGACCAGCAAGAAAUUUGGACGACACCUUUCGACGAUCAAGUACAACCUUCUGUUAUCCCCGCUCUUCAUAUCGCACGUUUACAAACAUAAGGACGCCGAAGACUAUCAAGCGGACGUUGUCUCUGCAACCGGCCUGAAGAUCAAGAUCGACAGCUUCAUGCUAGACCUGCACCAACGCCGCGAGUAUUUUAAUACCAUGGCAAAAGUAAGGGCAAAGCAGAUGAGGACCAGUGGAAUGAAAAUCUAUAAGACCGAACUUGACUUUGUACGUGCCGACUUGAGAGCCGUCGCUGCACUCAUUGCCGGAACAACAGCGGAGGACAUUGAGAAUGCCAGUGACGAAAUGCUCUCUUCUUUACAAGAAGUGCCUGCGAACAUUGAUUUAUCCCAAUUCACUAUCCCAGAUCAGGACUUGUCUUGGAUUGAUAUGGACGACUUUGUGGAAUUGGAUUGGGUGUUGCCAGCGGAGUCCAACCCGGAAACCAAGAUCUUGCCAUUGGCUUUCACCCCGCGUUUCACCUACUUCCGACAGACCGAUCAUGGAGGUGCCAUACAGGGAGAUGAGUCCCGUACGAGUCCGUUCGGCGAUGAAGACACCCACUUCUGCGUAAUGGGCCGUGACAAUGAUCCAAGAAAGGUGCAGAUGAAUCUAAUCGAAACUCGGCUGCACGAUCUUGAAGAUAGACUCCAAACUCACGUGCGCAUCAUGAACGAGCAUGAGCUGCUUCUGGUCAAGGAAGGGGACCACGACCAAGCUGUCCGAGAUAAGCACGUGCUGCUUGUUGCACAACAGAAGGAGUUAGAGAGCAAACGAAGGUUCUUACAACAUGGACUCCGCCGCCUCAUAGGCCACGCAAACCCGGGAGAUGCCCAGCAAAUCGACAAUAAUCCGCAACCCAACGUAGACGUGACCAAGUCUACCCCUGACUUAGAGGGGCAGAGUCCUGGAACCCCUCAGAUGGAUAUGGACGGGUUGUAUUCGGCUCCUCACGACGAAUUUGCGAGUGAUUUCAACAACCGCUUCAUCAUCCAUAAUGUUCAGCUAAAAUGGAACAACUCCCUGAGAAACAUCAUCCUUCGUUACAGCCAUCAAGUUAGUCAACGCCGAGGUUUUGUAUACUACAUGUCACGCCGUGCCGUCAAAUUUAUCCUCGACAUUGUGGAUGAGCAGGCGAAGGCAAAGGAAGAGCGCCGCAGACAAGAGAGGAAGAACCAGCAACCAGUUCCGCCAACACCUAGUAUCAUCUCGCCCAGUGAGGAGAAAGAUGAAGAUUCUGUGAUAGAAGACCGGAUCAAGCAGCUUUUGAAUGAUGCGAAACGAUUUGUCCAUGUGGAAGGAGAGGUGGAGGAAGAUCAGAAGGUGCCUGUGGCCGACAAUGACGAUAUCGAACGGAGACCCUCAACUGCCGACCUUGGUGACAAGAUUGCGGAGAACUUCCAGGCGAUGAACAGCUAUCACCUGCGCCUGAUCGCUCCCCAGAUACAACUGCAGAGUGAGAAAAACACGAAGGCUAUCGUGCUCAUCUCAGCAAAGGGAAUGCAGCUGAAAGUUGUAUCCAUCAUGGACAAAGCUCGCAUGUCGGACGAUGUCAGCGGGCUUGUCCAGCGUCGGUUUGCACUUGAUAUGGACGGGGCACAGUUCUUCGUGGCUACCCAAAAGACAUUGGCCAGAUAUCUCCAUCUCUACUCCGGUAACAGGUAUGGCAACACUCCUGGAUCAUCGUGGCCGCCCUGGGUUUCUCUUGAAGCAAUGUUCGACUUCCAUCUGGAACCUUUCGGUUUCCAACGAGUGAUCCAGAAAACUUCUGCGAGUCUCCGGUACGAAAAGUACAACCCCCUUCGGUUGAAAUACAACGAGGAGGUUGAGAGCAACGAAAACGGAGAGCCAAAUGAUGCAGCACGCAGAGAGCACCGGAUUGAUCAGCUGUGGGUCGACUUCCCGCGGAUCCGUGUUCGAUGCGAUUCCACCCAAUAUUACGCGAUGUAUAUAAUCGUCUUGGACCUGUUGCUAUACAGUGAACCUUUGGAGAAGACGCGAAGCGAACGGUUGGAGAAGAUCAUGCUUGCGUCUGAUUUCAGUGACCUUCGAGGAGCUCCCGAAAUGGCCGAAAGCCUCCAAGAAAGGAUCCGGCAGCUCGAAGACAUCAAACUUCAUUUCCAGAUCCAUGCCAAGUACCUCGACAAGCAAGGCUGGCAAGAUCGAAUCAACCUUGAGAAAGACCUGGCAAGCUGCGAGGAUGAAUUGUUCUUCAUUAUGAAAGCCAUCAAUACGUCUCAACAGAAGAGCGAGGAUCGGAAAGCUUCCCAAUCAAGCGGUCUUCUACGAUGGUACCUAAGUGCUUCUGAAAUUGUAUGGCACCUUAUGCGGGAAAAGGAUGAGCCACUCCUAGAGUUUCAACUUGGGAGUGCUGCAUACGAGCGAAUCGACAACACUGACGGGUCUAAUCACAACGCAUUGGAAGUGGAACACAUCAGAGGCUGGAAUCUCCUUUCCAAUGCACUGUAUCCGGAAAUCAUUGGACCCUACUACGAAUCGUCGGACAAAGAUAGGCGACCUAGCACCGUGGAAUCUCAUCAGAAGAUGCUUCAGGUCCACUGGUACAUGCUGGAAGCCAUUGCCGGCAUCCCCGUACUGGAACGCUUCCAGGUGACCGUGUUUCCGUUAAAAGUCCAGCUCGAACGUGAACUUGGCAAAAAGCUCUUUGAAUACAUCUUCCCUGGCGUGGGAUCGAACGCCUUCGAGAACGGCAACUUCUCGCCACUCAUGGUUAAGAAUAUGGAGCCCACGGAUGAUGGGGACGACCAAGAAUUCGUGGAAGCGCACAGUGCGCUAAUGUCGGAGCAGGACCUUCAGACCCCGAGCCCAGACAAAACUCGCAACACUUCACCAGGUGCAGUGGCGAGAAGGCUGAAACCCACGUACGGCCUCGAUUAUGAGGAGAAACGCAAAGACUCGUCGUUUUCUUCCUACACCAAGAACAAAGGUCUUGGGAUAUCGGGGGAUCACCACAAGUUCUUCAAGCACUUCAACAAGUCCGAGGCUCGCUCGGUCCUGAAGGAACCCACACGCAAAGGAUCCUCAACCAGUUUGAGAUCAGCAAAGAAGCAUGACGCAUCCUCCACAAGCCUUGUGGCCCUCGGCUCCAGCGACGGAGGAACAGAGAAAAAACGCUUCCCAAUGCACCGGCCAUCCAGCAAAGAUCGCAGCCUUACGGGGAAGAAAGACAAAAAGGACAAGAACGGCACACCCAACGACGACCUCUCCCAGAUGAUGUCCCGUGCGUCCAACUACAUGACACUGGCGCACGUGAAACUCAACAGCUUUGUAGUUUGCCUCUCCUAUAAGGGUAAAUCCGACCGCAAUUUCGAGGAUCUCCACGACUUUGUAUUCCGCAUGCCGACGCUCGAAUACCGGAACAAGACGUGGUCAAACCUUGACCUUGCACUCAGGUUGAAGAAGGAUGUGAUAAGGGCUUUGAUUAGCCACACCGGGGCGAUUAUCGGGAACAAAUUCUCGCAUCACAGGCCCAGUAAGAAGCAGGUUGAACGACUCAAGGAGAUUGCGCAUUCAAGCACCAUUGCGAGCUCGGAUAUUAACCUUCAACUUUCGGGGACGUCAGAGACAACAAGUUUGUAUAGUUUUUCGCAGGACGGGAGGGAUGAUGAUUAUGAGUCCUCGGGUAUUUCGUUUCAAUCGCCGCCUGGAACGAAUGGGCAUCAUAAAGGAGGCACAUUCCCCGGGCCCAGCCCGCUCCUACGAAGCGGUUCGUGGUCGUCAAGUAUCAACCUACCAAGCAUUGGAACAAGUGGCGGUGGCGGGACUCUCUCAGCGGCCACACCACGUUCAGUACCCGGCACUGCUAGCGGAGGAGGCGUUGGCGGAAAUGGAAUCAUCGGCAGCACAUCCUCGUUCUUUUCACGACCACGGACUGCACACGCCAGUCCCGCUGCAGACUCCAGUCCAAAUCUUAACAGCCCAAACAACUCACCUUCGUCACCACAAGGUCCGACCAGAAGCCUCCUGAAAGAUACGAUUGGGAGACACUUCUCUGGAGACACCGUGAAAGGGAGGGUUCAUUUCAGUGGGCUUUCGUUGAUCAAGAGCGAAAGUCAUUCGCAUCGCGAGAGGAGUGAUAGCCAUGGCAGUCAUUCUCCUAGCGCCAAGGACAAGGACAGAGAUGGUGGUGGAAGUGAGGAAGGGACGGCUGGAAGUGUUACAGGUGCUGGCGGAGUGGGCGUGGACAGUGACGCCGAAACCAACAAAAGGAAGAGUGUGUUGAUGCUGGGCAAAAAAGUGUUGAACCGGUUGAGCUAG